AUGAAACGCCAAAUCGACGACAUUACCGUCUCCAAAAACCAAAGCAAACCCGUCUUCUUAACCAAAGCUCAACGCGAGCAAUUAGCUCUUCAACGCCGCCAAGAAGAAAUCGAACAACAGAAGAAACGCCAGCAACUCCUCCUCUCCCAAACUCGCCCCUCCAACUCCGACUCCGACAAACCACCCUACGAUUCUGACCGCCGUGACAGAGACCGAGACCGUGACCGUGAUAGAGACCGGGACAGGGACAGGGACAGGGACAGAGAGCGGGAACGGGAGCGGGAUAGAGAGAGGGAACGCGAGCGCGAACGAUCUUCGCGGCGCAACAGAGAACGCGAACGUGAAGAGGAAGCAAAGGCGCGUGAGCAAGCCAGAUUGGAGAAAUUAGCCGACAGAGAGCGAGAGAAGGAGCUGGAAUCUAUUAAAGAGCAAUAUUUAGGGUCCAAAAAGCCUAAAAAGAGAGUAAUUAAACCCAGCGAGAAGUUUCGCUUCUCUUUUGAUUGGGAAAACACCGAAGAUACUUCCAGAGACAUGAAUAUUUUGUAUCAAAACCCUCAUGAGGCACAACUUUUGUUCGGUCGAGGGUUUCGGGCUGGAAUGGACCGGAGAGAGCAGAAAAAACUUGCUGCACAGAAUGAGAAGCUAAUGAGAGAGGACAUUCGGAAAAAGGAAGGCUUGGAGGAGAAGCCAGAAGAGGCGGCCGCACAAAGAUUGAAGGAAGAAGCUGCUGAUAUGUAUGAUACUUUUGAUAUGCGUGUUGAUAGGCAUUGGUCCGAGAAGAAGCUUGAAGAAAUGACUGAGAGAGAUUGGAGGAUAUUUAGGGAAGAUUUUAAUAUUUCUUAUAAGGGUUCUAGGAUUCCCCGGCCGAUGAGAAGUUGGGCAGAGAGUAGGUUGAGUAGUGAGUUGUUGAAGGCAGUGGAAAGAGCAGGGUAUAAGAAGCCUUCACCUAUUCAAAUGGCAGCGAUUCCAUUGGGAUUGCAACAACGUGAUGUAAUUGGGAUUGCUGAGACUGGUUCUGGUAAGACUUGUGCUUUUGUUUUGCCUAUGUUGACUUAUAUUUCAAGGUUGCCUCCAAUGAGUGAGGAGAAUGAGGCCGAAGGGCCUUAUGCAGUUGUUAUGGCACCGACACGUGAGUUGGCGCAACAGAUUGAGGACGAAACCGUUAAGUUUGCACAUUAUUUGGGUAUUAAAGUUGUUUCUAUUGUUGGUGGGCAGUCUAUUGAGGAGCAAGGUUUUAGGAUUAGGCAAGGUUGUGAGGUGGUCAUUGCUACUCCUGGUCGUUUAAUUGAUUGUUUGGAGAGGCGUUAUGCUGUUUUGAAUCAGUGUAAUUAUGUUGUGCUUGAUGAGGCUGAUAGGAUGAUUGAUAUGGGUUUUGAACCCCAGGUUGUCGGUGUGUUGGAUGCAAUGCCAUCAAGUAAUUUGAAGCCAGAAAAUGAAGAUGAAGAGCUUGAUGAGAAAAGGAUUUAUCGCACCACUUAUAUGUUUAGUGCUACCAUGCCACCUGCAGUGGAGCGACUUGCGAGGAAGUACUUGAGAAAUCCUGUUGUGGUCACUAUUGGCACUGCUGGAAAGACCACCGACUUGAUAUCUCAACAUGUGGUGAUGACAAAGGAAUCAGAGAAGUCCACCAGGCUGUUUAGAUUGCUUGAUGAACUUGGAGAUAAGACUGCAAUUGUGUUUGUUAACACUAAAAAGAAUGCAGAUAUGGUGGCCAAGAAUUUGGACAAGCAUAGUUAUCGUGUGACGACUUUGCAUGGUGGGAAGUCCCAGGAGCAGAGGGAAAUUAGCCUUGAAGGUUUUAGGACCAAAAGAUAUAAUGUCCUUGUUGCAACAGAUGUUGCUGGUCGUGGUAUUGAUAUACCUGAUGUGGCCCAUGUCAUUAAUUAUGAUAUGCCUGGAAAUAUUGAAAUGUAUACUCACCGUAUCGGACGAACAGGCCGUGCUGGAAAGACAGGUGUGGCUACAACAUUCUUGACUUUUGGGGACACAGAUGUCUUUUACGAUCUCAAGCAAAUGCUUAUUCAGAGUAACAGUCCUGUGCCUCCUGAAUUGGCUAAGCAUGAGGCCUCAAAAUUCAAGCCAGGAACAGUUCCUGAUAGACCUCCUAGACGAAAUGACACUGUUUUUGCUCACUGA